AUGCCGCCACAAAACUAUGGCACUGAGUUAACAGCCACAACAGCAGGCAGAUUCUUUCGUGUAGAUUCAAGCCAAGAGGCCUUACAAUACGUCACUGAUAUCAGCUCUGAAGAAAUCUUCCUACUCGAUCAAGACUGGCGGCUAUUCCAAAGCGACUUUGAGUGUCCUAGAAAUAUGAUGGGGCCUAGCGUUCAAUCUGGCGUCCAUCUACCGGCAGAACAGGAUGACGGCGAUGUAGAUGACAUUAAAGAUGCUGGGCUGUUUACUCUUCUUCGACGGACCAGUGGAGGAGUAUUAGGCGCUGACAAUGACGACGACGAGAUGAAGGAGGAAAUAGUUGAGGAAAAAGAUGAAAAGGAUGAUGACAAUGAAGGUAAGGAUAAAGAUGUGUCCAUCGCUGAGAACCGAACAAGGCUGAAGAGUGUAACUAAGAGGGAUGAGGAAAUGGAGUCUGAUACGGUGAGACGAUUGAGCCCGGCCGGAAGGGCAAAGCUGUUAUCUACUAAAAUUAGGCAUAAAUCUUAUGCCAGAGAUGAGUUGACAAGGUCAACUGAUGAGGCCUCAACAGCCCAAAGAGUCCGAGCUCUUCCGUUCUGGUCGACAAAAGAACUCUGCCCUGGCCCCAGCCUCGCCCGGCGGCGACCCCGUCUGCAGCGUGCG